GAGACGGUGAACUUGUGGCGAACCAUCUACAUACAGGCUAGCGGCAGAAGCCAGUGUCUUCACAUGCCUCAGGCUCCUUCUGACUAUGCAAGGCAGUGCGCAACUAGUACGCAUUGAUACUUCUGUUUCCUAUCAUUGCCCUUUGCGCGCUACACAACAACAUCUACUUCAUGUCCAACAUCCCAUCAGAUAGCGCAUGCACUUUUUGCUGUGUGGCUAUCUUGACUUCGCUCCAGCAAUGGUGCGAUACCCAUGCAUUAGGCGCUAAUUGCAAAUGCUGCUGUGGCCCACGCGGGUGCUGUGAUAGUUGUUUCGAGUCGGCUUUGAACGAGGACAAUUUUGAAACACAACUCAAGGAAGAUGCGGAACGCAGAGAGGCUGCUGCUGGACGACUUUUUGAUACUCAACCUGCACCUACUGAAGGCAUGAAAGCUUCACAGACACAGACAAAUUUGGGAAAUUCCCCUCUUCCUCGAUGUUUCGCCUAAACGAUCAUUUAGCUCAGCCGCUCAGCGGGGUAAAUCAGAGCUACGUACUUAGGAGUACUAGUGCCAAUGGGAUAACAACGUAAUAAUACGCGGGCACCUAAUUCCAUCAUCUA